AUGCAGCGUUCCUACUCUUUAAGAAAUGCUCGUGCCCCUACGGCAUCUCAGUUGGUGAACCCACCUCCUCCUGUUUCGAGUGCUCGUAAUAGCCGUUCUUUUACUCCUUUCCGUCACUCCAUGCGUAUUCACCAAGCUGUGAACUUCUCCCCAGAUUUGGCCAAGCGUUUAGCUGUUUUGGUGAAGAUGGAGAAGAACGUCAUGACCAGCAUGGUCCAAGUCACUCGCGGUCGUCGCGACGCUGCUCGUCAAUUGUCUUACUGGGGUGAAGACUGUGACGAUGACAUUAGUGACGUUACCGACAAGUUGGGAGUGUUGUUUUAUGAAGUUGCCGAGUUGGAGAACUACUUGGUUGAUCGUCACGACCAAUACCGGGUAACUUUGAAGUCCAUUCGUAACAUCGAGGCUUCUGUUCAACCUUCUCGUGAGAAGAAGCAAAAGCUUUUGGACCAAAUCUACAUGCUCAAGCACAAGGACCCUGAAUCUCCUAGGUUGAUCACAAUGGAACAAGAACUUGUUCGUGAGGAAGCUGCUUGCUUGGUAGCCGAAGCUCAGCUUUCCAAUACCACCCGCGAAAAGUUUAAGCAAGCCAUGGUUUACAACUUGGAUGCUCUCCAUGAGCACGCCGAGAAGCUUGGCUUGAUUUCUGCUUAUGGUCGUCACCUCUUGAACUUGAUCGAUGAUACCCCUGUUACCCCAGGUGAGGCUCGUCCUGCUUAUGAUGGCUAUGAAACUUCUCGCCAAAUUGUCAUGGAUGCUGAGCAUUCUCUCAGCAGCUGGGUCCCCGCUAAUCAAGCACCAGUGAGCUUCGCUAAGCCCCAGGAAGAAGAUGUCCAAAGCGAUGCUCGUUCCUGGAAUGAGUACGAGGCUCAAGGUGAGCCUGUCCCAGUUCAUCAAAUGAAUCACUUGAACGAUGCUCAAUCUGAUACCAGUGAAAUGGCUGAGAAUGAUCCCAACAUGCAUCCCCACGUUCGUGAAGAACGUAUUGCUCGUAUUGAUUCCAAUGCUACCAAUGGUCACACAACUCUGCAAUCUACUGACCAACAACCUGCUGUGCAAGUUGCUUAA